UGUGUAUCAGUGUGGGAAAUUCAGCGUGAGAGAGGUCUGGGAGGGGCACGGAGGGGGAGGCCCCUUCUGUCCCAUUGAGAACAGGUUCAUUCACGGAGAACCAUUUAAAACAGACUAAUCCCGUAUGCAGGCAUUCGCUCUCCUCUAAUAGGGCCUCUCCACCUCUUCCAGAACUCGAUCCGAGGAUGCUCCUCACCGCGCGCGCCGCCUGAGCUGAAGCCCCAGCGACCCCAGAAGAGGGGGACGGCCACCGCGGACAUGAGUCCUCCGGGGCCUCGGGCGUCGCUCUCGCCGCUGCCGCUGCUCUUGCUGCUGGGAGGCUGCCUUCUCUCGGCCGCCGGGAGGGGCCAGGGGGCGGCUGGCAGGGAGGCGGCCCCGGCCUCGGGCCCCACCGGCGGCUCCUCGGGUCGCUUCGUGAGCCCGGAGCAGCACGCGUGCAACUGGCGGCUGGCGGAGCCCGCCCCGGGGACGCCGCCGGGCGGAGUGCUGACCCUGCGCUGCCAGGCCCCGGGCGGGGCGCGCCUGCAGUGCGCCUUCCGCGGCCACCCCGAGCGCUGCGCCGCCCGCGGUGCCCGGCGCGCGCACUACUGGAGGCGGCUGCUGGGCGCGCUGCGCCGGCGCCCGCGACCCUGCCAGGACCCCGCGCCGCUGCCGCCGCGCCUGUGCGCCCGCCAGGAGGCUGGCGCCGAGCCGCAGCCCUCCGUCCGCCCCAGCCUGUCUGCGCGUCCGGCCCAGCAUCCCCGGCCCAGGCCGCGGGCCCGGGGCCGGUCCCCGAGCGCGCAGGCGAAGACCCACGCCGGCGGGAGGAAGGCGGCCUCCGGCCCGGUCCCCGAGCCUCCGUCCGUGGCCGGACUCCAACCCGACGGGCUGGACCGGAAUGCCGAGCUCACCGAGACGUACUGCGCAGAGAAGUGGCACUCCCUCUGCAACUUCUUUGUCAAUUUCUGGAAUGGCUGAGGCUGCGGGCCUGGCUGGGGGCACCAGGGGCAAGCGCCGCGGGGCAGAGGGCAGCAGCCGGGCGGGAGGCUCAGGGCAUCUUAGACCUAGGGAACCGGGAUGGGGAAUAGGGCUGCAGUCCGGAUUCCAAAAUGGGGCUAGGGUCAGGGUAGGGAGACUUGGAAGCAGCAGAGGAGGGUUUUUUGUUGUUGUUGUUGUUUUUUAUUUUUUGAAGCAUCUCAGUUCUGACUUAAGAGCAGGAUAGGUUUAUAUUAAAUAUGCAAAAACUGUAAACUAGGGAAAGAAGCUGAGACUAGCGGGAAUGUAGUGAUGGAAGAAGCGCCAAUCUCUCCUAGGAAGUGGGAUACAAUGUAUAUUAACACAUUUUUAUUAAAAUGUAACUGUGAGCAGGAGCCUGAGCCAGCUUGAAUUCUUCAAAGACUAUUCAGCGGACAAGAUGACUAGUUUUCACCGCCCCUCCCCCACACUUAACACGCAACUUUUUUGGAUGGUUAUGAACUCUGCGUGUGACUUGGCAUCACACUUUCUGUGUAGAUUGAAGCUUUAUAUGUUAAAAAAAAAAAAAAGCCAAGAUUGAAUUAUCAGGACAAUUGUUUUUCAGUUCCUUUACUACUUUUUAACUGAAAUUUGGACCUAUUGUCCUGAAAGUUCAUUAACUACCUAAAAUCAGAAGGGAAUUUUAAAAGUUCAGUGCUCUCUAGAUCUUCAAAUACAAACAAAACCCCUCAAGUCUCUAAAAACCAGCUGAAAUGUAAACAUAUAUCAGAGUGGUUUGGGCCCUUAUCUCUUGUGUAAUUAAAUUUAAAAUGUGUUCAUUUAUAAUAUGAUCUAAUGAUCAUCUAAUAAAAAAAACUGGUUGGAUUUAAAGAAUUGUAAA